AUGCAUCGAAAUUUGGAUUCCACUUCAGAAUUAACAGAAUUCGCUCCUCUGAGUCCAGAGGAUAGAUCAGGUUUUAGUUUGCUUGGAAUUUCAAAAUUUUUUAAACUUGGCAGAGAAUCCAACAAAGAAAAAGAAAAUGCUUCUAGUAAAAGUGAUACUGAAUGGCAACAGCCUGCAAAUACAUCUGAAGCAGCUUCUAAUUCAAAUUUACAGUAUUCGUUAACCAUUAGUGAAGGAAGGAGCUUACCAAAUGUAUUAAAAAGAAUAAGCAAUUUAGUUGCCUUAAAAAAUGUUGGUCUAACUUCUUAUAAAGAUACUGACUUAAAACAAUAUUGGAUGCCGGAUUCUUUCAGUAAAGAAUGCUAUGACUGUGGUGAGAAAUUUACAACAUUUCGAAGAAGGCAUCAUUGUAGAGUUUGUGGUCAAAUAUUCUGUUCGAAAUGUUGUAAUCAGGAAAUACCUGGAAAAAUAAUGGGAUGUACAGGUGAUUUAAGAGUCUGCACCUAUUGCUGCAAAGUGGUUUUGUCAUAUCUUCAAUCUGCUGAUAUUGGAGCUGAUUUAUCAGCUGAUCUUAAAGCUUUACAGGAAGAUUUGCAAACUAAAUUUGGAAAUAUUGUUAAAAAUGCAGAUAAUUUUCAAACUGGUAAUGUUUCUUCAUGUGAUAUUUCUGAAAAAGGGGAAGCAAAUUCAAGUUUAAGAAGAAAAUUAUCUGUUGGUUAUCAAGAAGAAAUGUUUUUUAUGGGUCGAGCUCAAAGUCCUAGUUAUUUGUCAGAGGAAGAAAGAUGUAGAGCACUACAAAGCUCAACAAGUUUAAGAAACUUGUAUGAAGAAGUAGUAACUCCACCAAAUGGUAUACCUUUGCAAUCGCAUAGAUACCGCCUUCGAAGUUUUCCAAAUUGCUUUUUUGGAAGUGAAUUAAUUGAUUGGUUACUUACACAAAAUAAAGCAGGAACAAGAGUUCAGGGAAUAGCAAUUGGGCAAGCUUUAUUGGAAGCUGGAUAUCUGGAAUCUGUCAGUGAAUUAAGUUUUGUUGAUGGUUUAUCACUCUACCGCCCAGUAUCUUUAGUUACGCAAAAUUCGGAUAUGAGUAAUCCCAGCGAUGGACAAGAGCCUUUAUGGGUUAAACAAAUUCAGCAUCAGAGUACAGAUUCCGAAUCUGAGAAGUUAUCGGGUUCGGAAGAAGAUAAUUUUAAAAAAUCAAAUUCGAAUUAUUUACUAAAUAUAAAUGUAAGAGACAACAUAGUCCAUGUUAGUCGUCCCUCUCCUCCAUUGCUAGAAGGAUUUCAAAAUUUAGAUAAAUCUCCGAGUACCCAAGGAAAACAAUCGGAAAUUUUGCAAGAAAAAAUUAAUCUUAGAAAAGAUUCUAAUGAAUUAAUUCUAAAUUCAAGCUGGGAUAAAGCAUCCGGUUUAGUUCCAGAAAUAGACGGAAAAGAUCCUAGUCAUCAGAAUUUUAGCUUAGCGUUUGAACAUCACAAACAAAGUCUUGUACGGCAAAUGUUAAGCACCGAAGGUCUUAACCAGUCUUGGUCAGAUACGAUUCAAAAAAUAACUUCUGAAGUGAUAGAUUUAGUUCGUCCCGAUAUGAAAAAUGACGAAGAUGAAAUGGAUAUUCGAUUGUACGUUCAAAUAAAAAAGUUACCGGGAAGUCAUAAAAAUGAUAGUUGCAUUGUUCCGGGAAUAGUUUGCAGUAAAAAUAUUGCCCACCGAUCUAUGAGAUCUCGAAUUUUAAAUCCUAGAAUUCUUCUUCUUCGUUGUUCCGUUGCUUACGAAAGAAUCGAAGGUCGUUUAUUACCUUUGGAACCGGUAAUAAUGCAGGAGCACGAAUACUUGAGGCAUGUAGUUGCUCGAAUAGCUGCAUUACAGCCUGAUAUUGUUAUGGUGUACAAGAAUGUUUCUCGAUUAGCUCAGGAGUAUCUUUUAAAACUUGGAAUUACUCUGGUGAUCAACACAAAAUUAAGCAUUUUGGAAAAAGUAUCCAGAUUUACAGAGGCUGAUAUUGUCACCAGCGUUGAUGCCCACAUAAGUAAACCUCAGUUAGGAACUUGUCAAUUGUUUUAUUUAAAAACUUUUCAAACAGAAAACGAAGGAAUUAAAACACUCAUGUUCUUCGAAGGCUCGUCAAAUCCUGCUGCUGGAUGUUCACUUCUUUUAAGAGGGGGAAAUAUGUCGGAAUUGAAAAAAUUAAAAAAAAUUGUCAACUUCAUGAUUUUUGCCUGUUACAAUUGGAAAUUGGAAAAGUCAUUUUUGGUGGACGAAUUUGCCAAACCUCCAAACACUUGCUACGAAUUAUUUGAAGAAUCUCCCGACCAAGAUUAUAAAUGUACCGAAUUUGAAUCAAAAACGAAAACGGAAUCGAAAAUUAAAAUGGAUAAGGAAGAUAAAAAAAUAACAGUGGAAACUGUUCAAGACUGUAGCGAUCCUUUACAGUCUUAUUUAAAUCAUUCCGAUGACUUAACAUCUAAACAAACAGACACAAACUUGGUGGAACAGUUAUCAGUGGCAGAGUUACCAUUUAGCAAUAAAUUCAGAAAGUCUCUUGACGAUACCAUACUAUCGGUCAGUUUAUUCGUGAAAUUUGCGGUACCGUAUCUAGAAACAGAAUCCGGUCGUAAUUGUAUAUUAAGAAAAUACUUUCCCAAGGAUAUUUUUUAUUCGAAACAAUUUUUAGACAAGUCAGAAUUAGAUAAGCUUGGAAAUUUUUUAGAGGAUUCGGAAAACAAUAACGUAACCAAUCAUUUAAAAGGCAUUGAACUACUUCCCAAGCAUCCGUUCGUAACUGCUAAGAUUACAGACACUGCCGACAGCAUUGAAGUACAAACGUUGCUUGCAUUGUAUCGUGCAAACGGAGGAAGAAUCCCGUACAUUCUUACGGAGAGCGAAAAAAAAGAAUAUCGAGAAAAUACAAAAAAUCAAAUUAAAAAUUCUGCUGUGGCAAAAAAAUCAGAAAAAUUAGACGUGUUAGAUCCCGUCAAUCAUCAAAGAUUAGCUGUUUUGUUUUGUAGUUAUUCUUACUCCAGUCAGAAUUUUCCAACUUUUUGUGUUGAUCCCUGGGUAGUUAACAUGUAUUAUUACGGAACUUAUGAUAUUUCACUGGGAAGCUUUUUAGAAAGAUAUUGCUUCAGAUUAUCAUACAAUUGUCCUUCCGCCACUUGUAACACUCCAAUGUUGGAUCACGUGAGAAGAUUUGUUCACGAUCCCGGAUGCAUUCAUUUGACUCUAAAUCAUUUGGAACAACUUGAUUCGAAACAAAUUGUCAUGUGGAGUUGGUGUCCAAAAUGUCAAACAGGUACUCCUAUGAUUCCCAUGUCUUCCGAUACUUGGUCGUUGUCUUUUGCCAAGUAUUUGGAACUUAGAUUUAGAGCUCAUGUUUACACGAGAAGAAAUUCGGAUUCGUGCAAACAUUCACUUCAUCACGAUCACUUCCAGUAUUUCGGAAUGAAUAAAAUUGUCGCACUAUUUAAAUUUUCGACCAUAAGAAUUUGGGAAAUUUGUCUUCCGCCGUCGGUGAUUAAUUUGCAAUUCGAAAACGUAACGCAAAAUACAAUAACCGACGAACUUAGAAAUUUGGCUAUCAAGGGUCACGAUAUUUUCUCUUUAAUUUUGGAACAUCUUCAUAACUUGGAAGGAAGCGAAGAUGAUAUGCAAGCUAUGAAGGUUUUGCAACAAAAGGAGCAUGCGCAUUUUAAAGCUAAAAUUGAAGAAAUUCAAUUAAAAUUAACUUCUCCGGUAUUUGAAAAUGUCAAACCGGACGGAAACAAAUGCGAUAAAGAAAUCGAAGUAUUGUUGUGGCGAAUAGAAGAUUCGAUUGUUUAUUUAAAAAAGCUGAUUAUGGAGGCUGUGAUUGGUUGGAAUGCUCGGUUUCAAGAGGCUGCGAACGCAACGAAAAGAAAAGACGAUAAAGAAAGGGAAAAAAUUAAACGAACGAGUGAGGGUUCUAAAUCAGCGAGUCAAUUUUCUUUUCCGGAUGGACAUGAAGUAAGUGUUUACAGUACAAACAAUACGGGUCAUCAAUUUAUGGACAGCGUAACGGAUUCCAUGGAUAUGGAUUCCGAUGAUAAUUUGAGCGUGCGAUUCAGCACGUCUGACAUUUGCGAACAGGAUAAGACUGCAGACGAUUCGAACAGUAGAAAAAUUAGUUGCGACUCUAAUCCUAACUGCGAAGAAAGUCAAGCCGACAGCAAAUAUGAUAAAAAGUCCGUUAAAAAUAUUUUAUCACACAUACUCACUUCUAAUAAGGAAUACGUUCCUUUGAUGAAUCCGUGGAAUCCUCAGGAACAUUAUUUAUUACCCCCAGGUGUCAAUGCCAGUAUAAUGGUGCAUGAAAACGAACCGUCUUCUAUUAUUUCCUACGCUUUGUCUUCUCACGAUUAUCACAAAUUUCUGGAAGAUAUUCAGCAAAGAAAAUUACAUCUUUCGUCAUCUUCGGAGGGACCUAUUCCCAGUCCCGUGGCACGUAAAAAAACUCUGUCGUUAACGUUCAGCGCCGAAAAAGAAACAGAAAAUUCUGAUUCGAGAAAAUCCACCGUUUUAUCAUUUUUAAGAGGAAAUAGUCAAGUGACUCCGAGCAGCAAUCAAAAUUUAAAUCCGAAAUCUGCCGGGGAUAAUUCGGGACUUAACGUGUCCGGAAUUUCGGAUAACGGAAGUGCGAAUAUUUUAGAUCUCGAAGACAAAACGGAAGAGGGAUUGAAAAAAGGAAGCAAAUCAUCGUCGACAUCUCACGUCGAAAUCAUAUUCGGUGACGGCAGCACUAAUUUUUACUGUCGGGUAUAUUUUGCGGAUCAAUUUGCUGCUUUGAGACAAACGGUAUUUCCCAUCGGCGAAGAAGCCUUCGUUCGCUCUUUAUCGAGAUGCGUUCACUGGGCCGCAAGAGGAGGGAAAUCAGGGUCAACGUUUUGUAAAACCAAAGAUGAUAGAUUUAUUUUAAAGGAAAUGUCGAAAUUGGAACUCCAGCUGUUUUUAGAUUUUGCCAAUCAUUAUUUUAAUUACAUACAAAAAUGUCAGGAUUCCAAUCAGCCUACGCUUUUAGGGAAAAUCGUGGGUGUGUACACCGUGAGUUUUCGAAACACCAAUACGAAUUCUACAUUAAAGUGCAAUUUAUUAGUCAUGGAAAAUCUUUUUUACAAAAAAAACGUUUCGCAAAAAUACGAUUUGAAAGGUUCCGUGAGGAAUCGUUUGGUGAAUCCAUCUUUGCAAGGCGAAGGAGAAAUUGUGUAUUUGGAUGAAAAUUUGCUUCAAAUCACGACGGAUUCUCCGCUUUACAUUCUUUCUCAUUCGCAAGCCGUAUUGAUGAGCGCCAUUGAAAACGAUACUCAAUUUCUGGCAGCACAAACCGUCAUGGAUUAUUCCCUGCUCGUGGGUUUAGAUGAGGACAGACGAGAGCUCGUCAUCGGAAUAAUAGAUUACAUCAGAACGUUUACGUGGGAUAAAAAAUUGGAAACGAUGGUUAAAAAAUCGGUCAUCAUGGGAGGGCAGGGUAAGCAACCCACGGUCAUUCAACCGAAAGAUUACAGGGAUCGUUUCAUUGCGGCCAUGCACAGGUAUUUUUUGCCGGUACCCGAUAGAUGGACGGGAUUGGGAAAAACUGUCGAAAUUUAA